CUAACCGCAGUUUACCUCGGCAUGUUGUCGAUGAACGACGCGCCAGCUCUUCCGGGCAUGCUACCGUUCGAUUCCAUCGGUCUGUACGAACAACCCAAACCGCGGUUCAUCUUCAAGAUGCCUCGGGUGGUUCCUGAUCAGAAGGCCAAGUUUGAGUCGGACGAGUUGUUCAGAAGAUUGAGUCGCGAAAGUGAGGUCCGAUACACCGGUUUCAGGGACAGGCCGCAAGAAGAGAGAAUAGUUAGGUUUCAAAAUGGCUGCCGAGAAGGACACACUGAAAUUGCGUUCGUUGCGACGGGCACCAACCUCCAGCUGGCGUUCAACCCAUCUGCCAACGGCUACCACCUCGGCACUGCUGGCAGAGAGUGCGACUUUGAUAAGGAACAUGGCAAGGUCCACAUCAGGUCCCACUUCAUCAUGAACGGCGUCUGCGUGCGAUGGAGAGGAUGGGUCGAUCUGGAGAGGCUAGACGGCGUCGGCUGUCUAGAGUUUGACGAAGAAAAGGCAAUGUACGAAGACUCGUUGUUGAGGGAACAGAUCGAGCGAUACAACUCCAGAUUAAGAGAAUUCGAGGAGAAGCAAAGACAGUACAGAGGUCAGCAGGACCGAGCACCAGAUCAAGACCUAGAGCUCCGCAUGGGUGGAGGUCUUCAGCAGCCCACGCACCACCAAGGACGUUGUCACGGGGCUCCGCCAAGGGUCGGCCUUAGCUUACAAGGCCGCAAGAAAACAGAGAUGCCUCACGGUCAUCACAACUGAACCGCCAUUAUUUGUGUUUUAGGAUAGAAUCGAUAUUUUUUAUGUGUCACAACUAUUUGUGAACAGACCCCAACAUGUGUUUAAUGAUAAAUAACCUCUCAGUGUCACAUUCAUUUUUAUGUUAGGUGAUGUUAGAUUUCAAUAGUCUCGAUGAAACUUGGUGUUAAUGAGUUGUCAAUAGUGUAUAAAACAAAAGGUAUGUUAAAAUCUUGAUUUACGUUUUUUUUCAAUUUCUGUAAAUGUAAUCAAAUGCAAUUGUUUGUUGACAACUUACUGGUUAAAUACUAAUCAAAAACAAUUUUUUACUGUAGUUCAGUAUCUCUUAUAAACGUUAUUGAUUUAAAG